UCUCCAACUUUUUUCAUUUUCCAAUUCCCUUGAAGAAAAUUAAAACUGGCGGCGACAAUGGGAGGUGGAACCUUUCUGAAAUAUGUUUAUCAUUCAAGCAGCAAUCCAUGCCAACUCUUUUUCUUCAGAGGUUUCGCUUCUACUCUCUUCGUCAAAGGUAUUUCUUUCUCUACUACAGAUGAGGGAUUAGCUCAUUCAUUUUCACAAUUUGGCAAAGUAGUUGAAGCCAAGGUAAUAAUGGAUAAAGUUAGAAACAGAUCAAAAGGUUUUGGCUAUGUGACUUUUGCUGAAGAGGUUGAAGCCAGAAAAGCACUUACAGUUAUGAAUGGGCAGUUGCUAGAUGGACGUGCUAUCUUUGUAGAUGAGGCCAGGACCCCUAGUCGCAGAGCUGAUGAGUGAUUUUGGUAUUUCUUCGUUGUCAUGAAUAUACUACAAAGUUGAAGCCAUGGAAUGCAAAUCACAUUCAAAGUUGGUUGUUUCUUGUUUGAAAGCAGCUUUCAUUGAAUGAAUUGGCAGAUAGAAAGAGUUGAAUAAUGUUUGUGCUCGGUCUGUCAGAAGAGGUUGAAAAGGUACAUUGUUGUCACUGUUCUGAGAAAUUUUGUACUCAAAUGAGCUAGAAUUUGGAUCUUUGAUGGUUUUGUAGACAAUUUGGUUUCUUCUAUCCUUCUUUUCUUGGUGGCAAUGAUAGGUUAUAGGUAUGUGAUUUACUUCCAAUCAUUCCCACUCCUUUUAGUAGAACAUUUCGGAAAAAUACUGACGUGCGAAUAUGUGGAAGUCUAAAAAAAACGUCUAUGAAAGGAUUAGCAAGCAGCUACCUCCUGAAAAGGUUUAUUUUAACCAAUGAUUUUAUUUUCAAACCUGCAUAUUAUUAUCAUAAACUCAUGUUAUUAUCAUCUGAGUUAUUAGAUUUACACGUUAUGACAGUUAUGAUAAUAGUAAAUUUGCUUAACCCAAGUUAUAGCAAGCUUCCACAAACCAGGUUGAUUUACAGGUUGACACUAGCAUAGAAAAAGAGGAAGCUCAGUUUGAUGC